UCCAUCCUUCUGUCCACCCUCCUCUCCUUCACCUCCCCUCUUUAUCUGCCCGUCUCCUGCGGCGUCGGUUCAUGAUUGAGCCAGGGGAGGAUGCUGAAGUUCCGCGUGGACAGGAGAGCGAGUCACUAUGACCCCCACGGACCAGCUGGAGUGAGCCAGAUCCAGCUGGAAGAACCCAUACCAAUCAAAAUCUGUCUGCAGCACUGUGAUGUGGACAUGAAUGGGAAGGUGGGAGCCAACUCAGCCAGUACUGCUGUUGAUAAGAUCCCUCACUCCAAAACGGCAAACAUGGUGUCAGACGUGUCUCCUGAAGCACAGAUGUACACCCGGACAUCUCGUACGCAGAUGCCCAGGAAGGUGGCGACAUUUGGAAAGCGCUCAAACUCAAUGCGGCGGAAUCCUAAAGCAGAAGUCGCCAAACAGGGAUGGCUCUACAAGCAGGCCAGCAGUGGAGUCAAACAGUGGAAUAAGCGGUGGUUCGUUCUCUCUGACCGGUGCCUAUUCUACUAUAAAGAUGAGAAGGAGGACAUGGUAUUAGGGAGCUUGCCGCUGCUCAGUUUCAGGAUUGGAGGAGUUGAACCUUCGGACAACAUCACCCGCAAGUUUGCCUUUAAGUUGUGGUUACAAGAGGAGGAGGAGGAGGGUGAGGAAGGGGAGUUUAAGCUUCCCACUGUGUUCUGCAUGCAGGCUGAGCACGCUGGCACCAGAACGUAUUACUUCAGCUCAGACAGCCAUGAGGAGCAGGAGGAGUGGAUCCGAGCAAUGAGCGAGGCAGCUCAGUUCAACGAGAGAACAACCAGCAGUACCAAUACAUAUCAACUCAGCCACAAUAUGGUGACCAAGGCACCUGACCCACAAACACCACAACACCCACGGACCAUCACCGAAACUGACAGUGAUCCACCUCCACACCCCAAGAUCAACGGGGCUGACACGCUGGAAACACCUCCGUCCUCCACCACUCAGUCUGCGCAGGAGGGAAAGAAGAGUGACCAGACACCAGAAGGAGGUGGAGGUGGAGAAAAUGGUGAAGGUGAAGGUGAAGAUGAGGGUGGAGGGGGUGGUACCAGCCACACUCUUCACUCAAACCACCACCCAAAUGGCUGGACCAACUCUGGUCCUACUAACAACCUGUCCCACAACAACAAUGGCAACCCUGCACUGGCAAGAUUUCACAGUGGAACUCAUGCACCUCAUGCGCACACAGUUGGAGGUGUUGGAGUGGCCCAAAAGUCCAGGGAGCAGCAAGAGAAUGUGGUGCUGAGGAGGGGCUUUGUGCCCAGGACGGUCCCUGAGAGGGUGGCUCAAAGGAAGAGCUCCAUGGCUCAUCUCCAGCAGUGGGUCAACCAACGGCGGAGCAUGAACUCCCAAGAAGACAUUGACAGUCCAACUCGCUACUACCCAGUGAACCGAGGAGUAUCCGAGUACUAUGGUUACCCUGGCAGUCCCCAGUAUGUAGAAGAGUAUCCUCUGUACCCACCAGGAAUGAGACCUGACAGCAUUUGCUCUGUCUCUGCCAUGGGGGGAUUUGACCGCCGCUGGACUGUUGAGGACAAGCGGCGGUCAUUGAGGGAUGGACGCCUCCCACAUUAUGGACCUGCAAUGCCCAGGGACCAGUGGGGGCGACAGUACUAUGGCGGAAACUCCAUGGACAUACCCCAUUCCUCCAUGAGACGUCUCUCCAUUCAACCGCGCUCCAGGUCUGUUCCAAGGUCACCAUCCACAUCAUCAGGGGGGCCCUACUCUCCAGUUCCACCCAAUUUUGCUUCACCAGCAAGAUCGCCGUCUGCACGCUUUGACCGGUUCCCGGGGAGAAUGAGAGAUGACUUAAUCUAUGCUGAUCCAUCCGUCUAUGCUGUGAGAAGAUCCCUUAGCUCACCAAAGUAUGACUAUCCUGGUGAUAGAAGGUCCUUAAAUCAUGGAAUAUACCACUACAACUACCCUGUAUCCCCCUCCAUCCACAGCAAAAUGGUAUAUGCUCCUUUCCCCGACAUCUACAGCAGAGAGCUCCACCCCACUCUGAAGAUUAAUGAAAUUGAAACCAGUAAACUUUUGGGACGCCUGUGUGAGCAGAACAGGAAUUUGAAAGACCAUGAAGCUCUCGUCCACAGGCUGAGAAUGGAGAAGGACAACCUAGAGGAGACACUGGUGGCCACACACCAGGAGAUGGAGCUGUACCAUGGCCAGCCUAUGACCCUGGAGAAGCUCCAGUACAAAAAGGAAACUCUGCAGAACCAACUUAUCAACAUCAGAGGAGAGCUGUCACAGGCGUCCAGUGCUUUAACCACCACACGGAUGGAGGUAGACGCAUUAGAAGAUGAGGCCCAUGCCAUCCACGGGGAUCUGUGGGAGCAGCUCAAUGCAGGAGGACAGAGUGAACUGGUUCAAAGGCACAUUCAGAAGGAGUUUUGGAGAGUCCAGGACGUUCUAGAAGGUUUGCACAAGAAUAACUCAUCCCGCGGUACUGACACAGCCAAGCACAGAGUCGCCGGUGGUGCGUCAGGUUCCUUUAGCACCAAUAGUCCAGCCAGUCCCCUGAGCUCAGUAAGCCUCACCAGCCCGCUCAGCCCUUUCUCCCCAGUGCUCGGCUCCCAGGCCUCCCCCGCUAAACAGCUGGGCGUGGAGGCCAAGUUUGGUGAGCAGAACACUGUCAUAGAGGGGCAGGAUCAGGUCCAGGACAGACAGUCCGCCAUGAAUAAAGUUGGCAUUGUUCCUCCGAGGACCAAGUCCCCGGCUGAUGAAGCUCCCAGCAACACGACUAGAAUUUCCCGUCAAAAUGGCAGAGCCUCUAACGGAAUCUCCAGGGAGCGUCCAAAGAGUGCCGUGUUUCCUGCAGAGGUGAAGUCAAAGAUGAGUGUACAGGAACAGAAUGAAAGACUCCGCCGGAACCAGAGCAGCUCAGUGAGGGACAAGAGGCGAAGUCUGAACCUGUCCAGUGGCCAGACUCCAGCCAACUACAAGGUGGUUCGAAGGCGUCUCACUGCUCAUGAGGUUGACAUUAAGGAUUUGGAGGCGGCAGUUCGAGGUCAAGGGUUGGAGUCACCCAGAGAAGAAAUCACUCGCCUUAGACGCUUACAGACAGAACCAGACCCCUACGACCUGAACAUCAGCAAAGGACUGAUGACUCCUGACAAGGUUGUGAUCCCAGAGCGGUACCUGGAUGUGGAGGAUGACACUCCUCUGAGCCCAGAGGAACAGCAGGAAAAACAGAAGAAACUGGAGAGGAUCAAAACACUCAUUGCCAAAUCAAAUCUGCAGAACAUGGUUCCACUCUUGGAUGGUCCAACAGAGGGAGGAGCACACAUCAGUUCACAACAGCAGCUACAGGAGCAGGAGAAGCGUAUUGAAAUUUCCUGUGCACUGGCUGCUGAGGCAUCUCGUCGCAGUCGUCUUCUUUCUGCCCAGUGCGCAUCCAGCCCCCCCACCUCCCCGACCAGCAUGGCCCCACCCUCUUCCUCUGCCGACUUUUCCAACUCUGCCCACAUCAUGAAGGUGUGAAUCUGACAAGCUCAAGCCCUGGCUGCUGUUAAGUUUGAUGGAGCAUCUUUCUGAGAUUCACUGGACAAGCAGAACACUGAAGAUGACCACAGACAACCGGCUAUCACUUUUUUGAUGUUUAAUUUCUUCUAAAUUGAUUCAGCAAAACUAUGAAAGCUGUCAAAGGAUUUUCCUUGGAUGUAAGAGCAAGUCUAAAACCCAAAUGGAUGAUACAAUGACUUCUUCCACCUCCAGUCUCCCAAACCUACAAUGGUCUCCUGCUGUGUGUGUUCAGCGGCACAAAGGAAGCCUGUGGAUUUCGCACCAGCUUCACAUUGUGUAAUGUUUCUAUAUAUGUUAGCUCAGGACAUGUUAUACAAAGUAGAAAUUGUAGUUGGACUACAAAGCGAUUUAUAAGAAAAAGCUGGUUAGCUGAGGUUUGAUGUUCAGUUCACAAGGGAACACUGUAUGUUUGAGGCCCACAGCCGCAAAGAUAAAUCAAGAGAAAGCUUUUGGGAUUGAUACAUCUGAGGUUGACAAGAGGUAUAAUAGAACCUAUAAAGAGUUGAGACAUGCUUCUUGACACUCAGAGCCAAAGGAGAAUGACAUAGUCUCAUGUCAAAACCAACCUUAAGAACUGGCCCAUGGUGUGUGGCCCACAGAGGACCACGUGUCACGGACUGACUGAGGGUCACGUAUUUACCCACACAGACACACAUUCCGAUUGGUUUCUCAACUGACCGAAACAAGAGUGAACACUUUGUACCGAGCUGAGAACUCUCCUGUACACACUGAUGCCUGCUUUACCUCUGUCCUCUCCAUGCCAACACUGUCAUGAUUUACAUUCAUAUGCAGCAUUUGUAUUGGAUAAAAAUGUGUUGAGGGAAUUGGAAUGCCACCAAGAUUCACUUUUAUUGCAGCGCAUCGUGCUGUUUGUUCCACUGCAUCCACUGCUUUCUAAUUUACAAAGAUAUAUUUUAUACCAGAGGCGUAUAGGUAACCUAUGUUACCCUUUUUGCUGCUUCACAUGUCAAAAUGAACAGUAGUUGCAUUUACAUUGACAGCAAUAUUCUGACUUUAAUCUGAUUAAGACAUAUUCUGAACAAGACACUGCCAAAUAAAUACCAUUUUCUGGUGACUUUAACCAA